GACCAAACACAGUGGCCUCAUUUUAACACAAUGAACAGGUUUCAAACACUUUGGGAAAUCCUGGAUUACUGGAAAUGAUUCACUCCUGAGUACAUGACAAGUAUAUAAGAUACACACACAAGUGCUUAUGAACUUAUAAUACGCUCAAUCCUACAUUACUUGUGAGCACUAAUCAAUAGAAUAAUGAAGACAUUGCUGGUGGUCCUUGUUCUUGUUCUGGCGUUGAACUACGGAUCUGCACUGAAGUGCAACCAAUGCGUUCCUCAGGGUGGAACACGCUGCACACCAACUCAAGAGACCUGUGGCUUUGGAAAAGAUGCUUGUAUCGCGGCCAGAUUCAACUUCCCUCCCUUCAUGGGCUUUCGGAGAUGCAGCAGUAUGACAGAGUGUCUUAUUCUUCAGAGUAACACCGCCAUGAAAGUUAAAUGCUGCCAUUCGGACCUCUGCAAUAACAUGGUCAUCAUUUAGACCAGCGUCUGUAAAACUAAUAAAGCUAAUAAACCUUUCGAGGUUUACAAUAUUACAGAUGUUCACUACAGUCUUACUUAAAGAUUUUGCCCAACAAUAAAU